CUCCCCUCCAGCCAAGCCGGUGGCAUUUGAGCAGUUUAAGGAGGAGGGCGGAAGUGAGAUCAACCAGAUCUUUAAAGAGAACAAAAGCAUCCUCCUUGCCAGAAAGAAGAGAAGCCGUACAGUAGCCCAGAGGAUCAACUUCAUCAAGCGUGAGAUGGAGGGCAUCAAAAAGGCGCUGGAGGCUCAGAAGCAGGAGCGGUGGCAGCAGGGAGAGUAUGUUGAUGAGAAAGGACAGAUCAGAAUUGCUGAGCAGGAGUUUUUACUCAUCAUGAAGCUGAAAGACCUGAAGGAAGAGUACAGAUCUGGUUACGCUGAGCUGCAGGACCUGAAGGCAGAAAUCCAGUACUGCCAGCAUCUGGUGGACCAGUGCUGGAACAAACUCAUCUCAGAGUUUGAGAUCUGGUACCGCGAGUCCUUCCUUAUCCCCAAGGAUGUGCAGGAAGCUCUGAAGCCCAGUGGCAGCAUCAGACCUGGAAUGAUUCCCAUAAACAGAAUCACGUGCCUGGAGGAAGACGAGCAGGAGAGAUUUGAGCGGAUGCAGGAGACAACGCUGCCAGCCUGCCCAGCUUCGGUCUCGUUCUACAAGGCAAAGAUGAAGACGGAUCAAAAGGGCAAGCCUGAAACUGUGCAGAAAGCUGGCUUUAUCAAAGGCCCGGUGUUCAAAGGCAUCGCUUCGAGUCGCUUUUUGCCCAAAGGCACCAAAACCAAGACGGAAAUAACUCCGCAGAAGGAAGAUUCCCAUAUUGGGAAAGAGGAUGAGGUUUCUGACGGCUCGAAGGGUGCUCCCCUCUGCUCCCGGCGGCAGGGGGCGAAGAGGAAGUUCUCCCAGUCCGACGGCACGUUGCUGGGCUCCGAGUCCGACGAAGAUUCGGUGAGGACCUCCUCCAGCCAGCGGUCACACGAGCUGAAGGUAUCUAGUACGGAAAAGGAGAGAGAUGCCAGAAGAAGCUCGGCGUCCCUCAGAGGUGACGACCAGGGGAAGUCCUCCUCGCGCUCCAAGUCGGACAGGGAUGAGAAGUACUCGAGCUAUUCAAAAUCGGAAAGAGAUUCGCGCUAUGGGUCCUCCCGCUCUCGAUCCGACAGAGAGCGAAGGCGAAGCCGGUCUCACUCCCGUUCCCGAUCGGAUCGGAGCUCCCGAACCAGCUCUUCCUACUCGAGGUCGGAGCGCUCGCAUUACUACGAAUCCGACCGCCGCUACCAUCGGAGCUCCCCGUACAGGGAAAGGUCGAGAUAUUCCCGCUCGUACGCGGACAGCAGGGCCCGAGACAGCUCGGACUCGGAGGACGAGUACAGGAGGACACAUUCCAGGUCGAGCGACUCGCGGCGCACGUCGUCCCACUCCUCCUCCUCCUACAGAGACUCGAGGAGUUCUUACUCCAAGUCAGACAGGGACAGCAAAGUAGAGUCGUCUCACGCUGACGCGGAGAGGAGAGGAAGGUCUUCUUCGAAGGCAGAUAGAGAUUCAAAAAGGACUUCAGAAAGUGAAGUAACCAAAAGGUGCUCUCCCCUUGACGAGCUAGGCUAUCGAAAGGGGACAUCCCAUUCUAAGCCUGACAGUAAUGUGAAUUCCUCCCGGUAUAAGUCCACCCCUUCAAAGACCCCCGCACCAAAGCCUGAUAAAUUUAAGAGUUCUUUCUGUUGUACAGAAUCGAUCGAAGAAAUAAAACAGCAGUCUAAUUCUCUAGAUUUAGAGACCUCUUGUCUAAAAAGCAAUGAGAUCAGGGUGUCCAUUGCGAAAAAGUUUGAAAGGGAAAAGGCACUUUCUCCGUUACAUCAGUUAAACGAUUCGCCCGCUUUUAACAAGGCAGACGAAUCCAAAGCGGGUUUUGCUAACCCGACGCCCGAGGAGCUUGCAGGAAAUGAAUGCCACGACAGUGUUAAGGAACAAGAAACUUUAUUAAAGAUACAGCACGAUCAGUUAAGAACGUGUUUCCCCACGGAGCUGAGUGUAAACGGGUCCAUGGAGGGCAGGGCUGAUUUGGCAGCUUCCAGUGCCUCCAAAACAGAGGACGUCGCCGCGUCUUCUGACCGUAGCCUCUGUCGGUCAGAAGCGUCGCCCGUCGUGAAGAUGAGUCCGUCGUAUCCGUUGCCAUCUAAUGGGUCUGAGAGCGAGUAUGCGUCUCAAGAGCGAGAGCCAGACGAUGCUCGGGUCCAGUCCAGCGAGUGCAGCAGUCUGUUCGGGGAAGCGGAGGCUCCGGUGCCGCAGCGGGAAGGGGAAGCCGUCCCUUUGCCCGUCGUGGAUGUAGAUCAGACUAAAACCGUGCUGGAUGAUCAGGUGACUCCGUGCGACAAAACCAAAGAACCAGUUUUUUGCUACAUUUCGGACGAUGCCGCCCCUGCUUUGUAUCAUUCAGAAGUCGAAAUCGAAGCGGAACCAGCAGAUUUGAAAGUUACAUCGGAGACUUUCCUGGACAUGCAGGUAGAGCUGCAGACCGUGACGUGCGAUUACGAGAGCACGGAGGAUCACCACGCCAAGUCUGCCUGCGACGAGGAGCACGGUCACCCUGCCCAGAAAAUGAGCCUGGCGGUGGAGAGCUCGAGCGGGGAUCCCUCCCAGGAUGGCUCUUCCCCAAGGCUCGGGUUGGAGCGUCCCGUGCCGGAGGAAAGCGUCUCUUCCAAAUGGGACGUGCCACCGCCGGAUGGACGCCAGGAGCUGCUGCAGCAUUCGGAAGCCGAAGAGAUGCCGGAGUCGGAUGCUCAGCACGUUGGUUUUGGUUCGGCGAAAGGCAAGCCGUCGUUCCGAGAUGAACAUUCGUACUAUUCCGAAGUGCCGCUGGAGCACCGCGGCAGGGAGGUCGUGGAGGAAAGCGCUGUGUCCACCGAGACAGUUGGGCCGGAUGAUUCGAGUGUUCGGUGUCCCGACGUGUUGGCCGAGAAGGACGAGGGAAACGAGCCCUUGGUGGCUUCGGCUUUUCCAGACGCAUUCUUUCCCUCUUGCGAUGUCGUCGUUACCGCGGAAGAAGAAACGGAGACGAUAACUCAAGCCCCGACGUGUGACAGCAGCGGCAACGCUGCUGAAUUUGUUCCUCCUGGCCAUGACGAUUACUCCGACACAGGGGAGAGCGACAGCGAGGGGGGCAGCGAAGACAGCGAAGACACCGAGGACUCGGAUUCCGAUGACGGCACGCCACGGAAACGGCUCCAGUCUGUUGUGGUGGUUCCAAAGAACUCGACCAUCGCUAUGGAGGAGAGCAGCCCCGGCUCCUCACGUAGCAGCCAGGGCAAUAGACGCUUCUCCGACCACUGGGACGAGGAGCGACCCGAGCCCAGCAGACCCUACUAUGAAGAGCGAUCGGAGAAUGUGGCGAGUAAAGGCGGGCCGCAAGAGACGGAGGAGCUGCGGCCGGAUCUGUGCCAACCUCAGAGCGAUGGCGUUGACAGUACGAGUCAGGCAGACCUGACGGCUGACUCCCACGGCAAACCCAACCCGGACGAGAGGAUAACGUUGAAGGAGCUGAUGGCUGUUGGUAGACCGGUCGGCCGGCAGGACGAGCAGCCCUUUUGUCUGCCGGAGAGUUUCGAAAGCACCGAUAAUUCCCGACAUCAGAUGAACUCUUCCAAGCCGGACAGCAGGCAAGGGACGGGUGGACUUAACCAGUCUGGCCUCGGAGACUACUCCAGGCUGGAUGGUUUUCAUACGACGGAGGAGCUGGGGGGUUUGAGCUGGGACUUUUCCCAGGUGGAGAAGCCCAGCAGCACCUACCAGCAGCCGGAUAGCAGCUUCGGGGUCUACUCGGGCUACGUUUACCAGCCGGGCUCGGGAGUGUACGGCAGCUCUCAGAGUUACUGGCAAGGCAACGGUUACUGGGAUGCGAGGUCCGCCAGCAGACCUUCUACAGUUAAUUACGACCGAACUCAAGGGCAAGUACCGGAUUCUCUAACGGAGGAUCACGAGGAGUACGAAGAGGAUGACCGUUGGGACGAUGACUGCAAGCCUGGGUUUCCCAGCCCCUCGAGUAAGUGCCAGGUGCCCGGGCAGAAGGACAAGGGCUCGGUGCAGGCACAUGAGAUCAGCAGCAAUUCGACGAAGGAGCCGGUGCCCGGCGGGGAGAAGAAGGAGGAAACGAAGGUUUCGGAUAAAAAUGACGUGAAAGAACGAGGUCCACCAAAAAAGAGACGCCCGGAGCUGGAGAGCGACUCUGAGAGCGACGUGGACUCGAGGGAGAAGAAGAAGGUGAAACCGGAGGCGGGGGAGCAAGCGGAGUCGGCGCCGCAGGACUCCUCCAUGGUCGGGCGGUUGUGUAUCAUGGACGACUUCAGAGACCCCCAGCGCUGGAAGGAGUUCGCCAAGCAAGGAAAGAUGCCCUGUUACUUCGACCUUAUCGAGGAGAAUGUGUACUUGACCGAAAGGAAGAAGAACAAAUCUCACCGGGAUAUCAAGCGAAUGCUGUGCGAGUGCCCUCCCCUCUCCAAAGAGGAGCGAGCUCAGGGGGAGGUUGCUUGCGGAGAAGACUGUCUCAACCGCCUGCUCAUGAUAGAGUGCUCUUCCAGGUGCCCAAACGGCGACUACUGCUCCAACAGGCGCUUCCAGAAGAAACAGCACGCGGAUGUUGAAGUGAUCCUCACUGAAAAGAAAGGCUGGGGGCUGAGAGCGGCCAAAGAUCUGCCAUCCAACACUUUUGUCUUGGAGUACUGCGGCGAAGUGCUGGACCACAAAGAGUUCAAGGCUCGCGUGAAGGAAUAUGCCCGGAACAAGAACAUUCACUAUUAUUUCAUGGCCCUGAAGAACGACGAGAUAAUCGAUGCUACCCAGAAAGGAAACUGCUCCCGUUUUAUGAACCACAGCUGCGAACCAAACUGCGAGACGCAGAAGUGGACUGUGAACGGGCAGCUGAGGGUUGGCUUUUUCACCACCAAACUCGUCCCAUCGGGCUCGGAGCUGACGUUUGAUUACCAGUUCCAGAGAUACGGGUACGUAUCGGAUGCACUUCAGAGUAAGGUAAAAGAACUCGCCGUGAAUGCAGCUGAUCUGUUCCUAAACUGCUCUGUUGCUUCUGCCCACGGCAAAGAGGCUAAAAAAUGUUUCUGCGGCUCGGCCAACUGCCGGGGUUACCUGGGCGGAGAGAACAGGGUCAGCAUCCGAGCCGCCGGCGGGAAGAUGAAGAAGGAGCGCUCCCGUAAGAAGGACUCGGUGGACGGGGAGCUGGAAGCGCUGCUGGAGAACGGAGAGGGUCUCUCCGACAAGAACCAAGUCCUCAGCUUGUCCCGGCUGAUGGUUCGCAUCGAGACGCUGGAGCAGAAGCUCACCUGCCUCAAGCUCAUACAGAACACGCACUCGCAGUCCUGCCUGAAGUCCUUCCUGGAGUGUCACGGCUUGUCCCUCCUCUGGAUCUGGAUGACGGAGCUGGGCGAUGGCAGAGGAAGCACCGCCAACAACCUGAAGCUGCAGCUGGAGAUCAUGAAGACGCUGGAGCUCCUGCCGAUACCUACCAAGAACAUGCUGGAGGAGAGCAAAGUGCUGCCCGUUAUCCAGCGCUGGGCUCAGACCAAGACUGCUGUCCCGCAGCUCAGCGAGGGCGAUGGCUACUCGAGCGAGAACACCUCGCGGGCUCACACGCCGCUCAACACGCCGGACCUUUCCGCCAAGCAGAGCGCGGAAGGCGACACGGACACCCCGAAGAAGCUGGUGUUUCGAAGGCUGAAAAUUAUAAGUGAAAACAGCAUGGACAGUGCCAUCUCGGAUACCACCAGCGAGCUGGAAGGAAAGGAGGGCAAAGAGGACCUGGACCAGCUGGAGGGUGCCCCGAUGGAGGUGUCGGAGGAGCAGCAGCAGCAGGAGAUCAAAGCUGCCGUUGACACGCCGGUGGAAAGCAGCAAACCCCAAGCCGCGGAGCUGGAGGCUGAGCCUGAAGCCGAGGUCAAGGAGAGCAACGGUGCGAAGCUGGAAGAGCCCAUUACGAUGGAGACGCCCUCCCAAGACGAAGAGGAAGGCGUAUCCGACGUCGAGAGCGAGAGGAGCCAGGAACAAACGGACAAGAUCGUGGAUGUGAGCGAUUUGGCUACCAGGCUGCUCGACAGCUGGAAGGAGCUCAAGGAGGUCUACCGGAUCCCGAAGAAGAGCCAAGCGGAGAAGGAGAACACGGCCGACCGUGGGCGAGAGGCAACCGGCCACAAGGAUCAGACUCCGACUCCGAAGAACCCCGUCCUGAGCAGAGAGCGGGAUCCUGAGAGGCAGAGCCAGAGUAAAGAGAAGAAGAGACGGAGAGAUUCGUUGUCCCCUCCGUCCUCGGCGUACGAGCGAGGCACGAAGAGGCCGGAGGACAGGUAUGACACACCAGCGUCUUCGAAGAAGAAAGUCCGGCUGAAGGAUCGCAACAAGCUGUCCACAGAGGAGCGCAGGAAGCUGUUCGAGCAGGAGGUCGCCCAGCGGGAAGCCCAAAAACAACAACAGCAACUGCAAAACCUGGGGAUGACGUCCCCCCUGCCCUACGACUCCAUGGGCUACGGCACGCCCCACCACAGCUUCAUGGGCUACCCGCCUGGCUACCCCAUGCAAGCCUACGUAGACCCCAGCAACCCCAACGCUGGCAAGGUGCUGCUGCCCACGCCCUCCAUGGAUUCGAUGUGCUCGCCGGCGGCGUACGAGCACCCGCAGACUUUGGUCGGGCACACGGUGGAACCAACCCUAACUACUCCUCAGCCGGUACCAGUAGUCCAACAUGUAGCAACAACGAUGGAGGUGACAACUCCGCAGUAUGUAGCACAAAGCGACACCGUGGUCCAUCAAGAACCCAACGUGGCCGUCCUGCCCGUGGCCGCGCCGGGACCGGUACAGAGCCAGAGCUACGGGGUCUGGGAUUCCAGCCAGCAGACUGUAGCUGUACAACAGCAGUACUCGCCAGCGCAGUCCCAACCGGCCAUAUACUACCAGGGACAGACCUGUCAGACCGUUUACGGUGUGACGUCCCCCUACUCGCAGACGACUCCGCCGAUCGUGCAGAGUUACACCCAGCCAGGUCUCCAGUACAUCCAGGGCCAGCAGAUUUACACGGCCCAUCCGCAGGGAGUCAUCGUGCAGCCGCCGACAGCCGUAACCACCAUCGUCGCAGCCGGGCAGCCUCAGCCCAUCCAGCAGCCAGAGCUUGUGGUGACCAAUAACCUCCUGGACUUGCCUCCGCCAUCCCCUCCGAAACCCAAAACGAUCGUCCUCCCACCCAACUGGAAGACAGCCCGAGAUCCAGAGGGGAAGAUCUACUACUACCACGUGGUAACGAGGUGA